CCUUGACGUCUAGCUUCAGAGCAGAACCAGUGCUGCAGUCGCGCGCGCUAGCUCCUUGUGUCGAGAAUGUUUCCUCCUGCUGUUGGUGCUGGAGCAGGCGCGUGGCAGCUGCAGCAAGGGAUGGGCGUGCGCGCGGUGGCGGCGGCGGACGUCGUCCUCGGCCUGGCCACGGCCGCCUUCGCGCUCUACGCCGUCUCCCUCAACCCGGCAGACUCCCUGCCGCAGACUGAUGCCGCGCUGAGUUCGGCGAACUGCGGCGCCACGCCGCAGCAGGAGCUGGGCAUGCGCUUCGAAGCGCUGGUCAUGCUCCUCACCGCGGCGGCGCAGGCGGCCACGGCCGGGGCGGCCUGGGUGCUCGUGACGGCGUUCGGCCGCGGGAUGGCCCGGCUCCUCGCUGUCUUCGCGCACGCUCUCGGUGGCUUCAACGCCUACGCCCUCUACUACGUCGUCCGCGGGGUGGCCGCCGUCACCUUGGGCCUCUGCAUGGGCAACGCCGACCGCGUCAUACUCGUCCUCUACCACGCCAUCUUCCUCGUGACCCAGGCCGUGCUGCUCGUCGUCGGCUUCGUCGCCGUCCUCUGCGGAGUGUGAGCUUCAUCAGCAAGCUGGCUGCUGCGUGAUAUCUCUUCGACUGCACCUCUCGGUAGUCGUUUACCCUCGCUCUCGCAUGCAUGCAUCCUCUUCAGUUCUCGAUAACCCCAUCGUGGUUUAAUAAUAAAUAAACAAAUAAUUAGUAUGCUGUCA